AUGUUAUACAUAUCACAACAAUACGCAAACAAUAGGAGUCAAUUUGAUCAUGAGACAUUCAGCAUCGCAUCCUCUCUCUCAACCAGCACCAUGCCCUUAACCUUCAAAGUCGCGACGCACGACGCCGCCCCAGUCGAGAGAUACGAAUACGCAUCUGUCCUUGAAAGCGCUGACCAAAUCUUGGAGUCUACUUGGGGCAGGCAGUAUAGGACGCAGAAGGUCAAAGAGAUUCUGCAGUCAUCCCUACCCAAGGACGCGAUAUCGUCAAUCGUCGCGAAGAGGAACGGGUUCGUCGACACAGUCGUUUCGGCAUAUAAUGAACAUCAACACCUAGUGAUUCGGCCAGACGACGUAUGGAUCGCGAUCCUCUCCCAGUUCAACCUAUAUGUGAACGCUCACGCAGAAGAGCUGAGAACGUCGUUCGUCGCUCACGAUGGGCAGAAGAAACUGGUAGUCAACGCAGUUGGUAACCGAUACACCGUUGACUUCGGCGCUCUGGCAAACCAGAUGACAGGAGAGAUACACAAGAAUGUCGUUGAUAAAGAUUUCAGGGACUGGAUCCUUCCGGCCUUUAUCACGACUUCGCAAAAUGACACCGUCAUUUGUGCGGUACUUAUGAUGGCAACACUCAAAGCUUAUUUCCGCUACGGCAUGAACAUGUAUUGUGGAAUACCCUCCGUAACACUUGAAGGUGCCAAAUCCGACUGGGAGAACCUCCUCGCACGACUCGACAAACUGCCAACCUUUGGCGCCGAACCCGCAGCAUGGGCUGCUCUUCUCCGCCCUAUCCUUAAACGCUUCGUCAACGCAUUCGAUGGGAACCCUGACAUCGACUUUUGGUCCCGUGUAUGCCAUUACCAUUCGGGCGGCUCGGGUCCUCCCUACCUGUCCGGAUGGAUCACAGCGUUCUGCGUCUGGGACUCGAACGGAAAAUGGCAAGGCCCCUCCUUGGAACCAGGGUCGGAUAAACCUCUAGGCCACACCUUCGGAUAUGAAAUUCCUGCCCUCGAAAUAGACGGCGUCCACUACUGCACGAUCGACUCAUCAGAUGUGCCUCCGGGGUACUGCGAGGUCGAUGUUGAGCUCAAUGACAAUGGGGACAAGUUCGAUUGUGUGAUGGUGUCGGGGCACGUGGGGUCUCGUAUUGAGGGGGAAGGGGAGGACACGCUCCGCCCGUGCCCUUCUUGGUUUAUUUUUAUCAAGGAGGAGUGCGAGGACCCGGCUUCUAAGAGGAAAAGGGAAUAUGAAGAAGCUCGAAAGGCUAGAGAGGAUGUUCAUGUCGUAGUGCCACCCGAGUAA